AUGGCUAUCAAGACCGAUUUUGGCGAGAUAGCUUAUAUCGUAUGUACAGUAGCAACUCCGCCUACGCAGGAUCCGUCAGCGUUUAUCACCACCGCAGAGAACACUCUUGCUCGACUCCGGAAAACUGAGCGUCAAUUCAGAGAAGCUUCCAUUCUUGCUGCACUAGAUGUCGAAGCUCGUCAACUUUUCACUUUCUACAAGAAGGUGGACAUUACUGCUCCGAAAGACCAAAAAACUUUGCUGUUGAAGUUUGGUUACGUGCUGCGGACUAACACUUGUACAAUCGCCUACAAGACCGCCGCCCGUCUUCCCGACUUGCUGAAACCGGAACAGUCCCGGCUCUACAGGCUAUUUAUUACUGCGAUUGUAUCCAGUAUCAAGUUUGUGCCCGUUGGGGAGGCCGAGCUCCAGCCACUUGGCCCCAAUCUAUAUCUCGUUGAGCAGGCUCCAUCUGCCGCCGACGUUCAUCAUCUUGACAGGGCUAAGAAGUGGACUCUCUACCACAUCGAUCUACAGGUAGUUCCAAGUGGCCAGAUCAUACUCACAAUCGCGAAGGAUGGCGCGUUCACCUUCUUCCGUAUCCGAGAAUGUGCUAUGAAGCCAAACUGGAAUGAUCACAUAAAGUCUGAAACAGCUGCCAUAUACCUCGCACCUAUCGGGCGCAUCGCACGAUCAACGCGAUCAAAAAUCCUGGCCAGCACAAAGCUUAACGGCAUCACUGGCAACCAACCCAGUGGCGAAACCCAACUGUCCAAUGCACAAAGAGAAGUUUGUGAAGAACUGCUACCGUCUUGGCUUCAGGAGCACAUGAGCACGACUAUCGAAGCAAUAGAAGGUGACUGGAUUGAGAUUGAAAUCCCCGUAGAGGAGAUUGAUGACGUGUCAAACGACAGUCAACCAGAUAAUUCAAGUCCUGAUAUGGUUAGAUACGACUCAGUUACUUGGAGAACGAUCUUUUGGCCAGCACGCCUGUGCUUUGUCUUCAGCAGCGAAGAGCCUGUCGCAGUGAACAAGACCGAAGGGAACCAGGAUCCAAUGCAAUUCGUGCGGGACUGGAUUCUUGGCACGGGCAGCGGCACGUCAAAGCUUGAAGCUGAGCGGCAAAAUGUGAUGGAUGAGGAUGAUGAACCAUUAUUUACUGAUGAAGGUACAUUUGAUGAUCCAGUCCAUUUCCAUCCUUUUGGGCCUCCAAGCUUUGGUCCUGGCCAGACAAUAUACCCGACUCCGUCUGAGGUUGGAAUGACACAUCUUACACCGGGCUUCUCAUCCGCCGACGGGAUGGCCAUGACUCCCGCAAAUAUCCCUCGAGGUACUGCUGAAAGGCCCCAACCGCAGGAUGAAGACAUGCCAGAUUUCGAGGAUGAACCAACAGCAAGUGGGUUGCAGACAUUUUAUGACGAAGACCUAUUCGAGGAGAAUCCGGAUGACAACCUCGGCGCGGAAGCUAAUGGAGACGAGCCUAAUUGGGAUUUCUUCGACGGUCCUGGGAUAGACCCUAACUCUGCACGCGCCACGAGCCACGGGCGGAUCGAAGAGACAGCGGUGCGCAGCGAGAUCGAGCCGGGGAUGAUGGGAGUCAACGAUGAAAGCGCCGAUCAAGGUGCCGCUUCUCGGGAUCCAGCUAUGGUGAAGGGUGAAGUUACGGGCUCUGAUACAGCGCCAAAGGUGUCUGCAAACAGUAACUUGCAGCAAUCCCAAGGCCGGACGGAGCAACCAACCACGGUUACGGAGGCGAAAAGCAAGCGGGCAUCUCAACUUCCACCCAAACGGGGUCCUCCUCUGUGGCGACCAGAGUCUGCCAAAGAACCCACAAUUGGUGCUGAGCGUGAACGUCGUUCAAGUCUGUAUGAUGGUCUACACUCACUUCCGUCUGUGUCAAGACAUGACAGCAGAUACGGCGCAGGCGGGGAUUAUUGGUUCGACCCAACGCCGACUUUUUCUAAUAUCAAGGGUUUCUCGAAGCCAAAUCCGCUCCUUCAGAGACCAGCGUCAAGCUCAUCAGACAGUGACAGCUUGAUGACCAGUUCCAGCAAUUCGGCAGAUCCUGCGUCUACGCAAAGUGCAGCCCAUGUGCCGUUCAGACAGUGGACAGAAUAUCAUCCUCCAUCGCCAAGCGCUACCAAUCGUCAGAGUGAGAUCGACAAGAACACAAUCUAUCAGAAUGUACAACAGUUACUAGGGUUUUUGAGGCCCGGCUUGAUAGAACCCCCCACGCUAUCUGAUUUCUGGUUGGAUAAUUCAGAUCAUCGCAGGAUUCCUCCAGUAUCUCCACAGAAGCUCCUGCAAAUCGCUCACGUGUUGGUGGAACAGGUGUCCCAGACAACCUUGCUACCUCAUGGGGAGUAUCAGAGGGUGACACAGCUUCCGCCUCGUGAUCAAAUGGAUGUAAUCGUUGACUUGAGCGGGAUCAACACUUCUGCAGCACCUUCGAGUGUAUUUCAACUCACCAACCUCAAAGCCGAACAAAGCAAUGGCAGGGUUCACGGCAAGGUGAUGAGAAUCCAACCGGAUCAGAUUCGCAUUCGACGAAUGGAACGGCCACUUACCGCCUCUAUGUCUAUCUUGAAUUUCUGGGAUUCGUUGAACCUUCAACCUGAAAAUGGCCCGAAGGAUGUAACGUCUUUUUGCAUCCAUCCAAGUCAAGAAAAUGUAACAGAGGGAUGUCUUAGUCUGCUGCAGCGACUUGCAGAAACUUACACCUCUUGUUCGCUGGGGAAUCAUUCGAUUGGCCGACUUCCUGGUAUCACGGAUACUGGAUCGAUAUCAUGGGGCCCGAAUGAUUUGGGUCAACACAGCCUCCUCCAGACAUGCAAUUUUGUCGGUACAGCUCUUGCGACAUCCUCAGACGUGAAGGGCACCGUCCUUGUCUGUAUGAUUGCCAGAAAUCAAAGUGCGAUUUCAUACUUGGAAAGCUGCAUUGCCUUCUUGUACCUAUUCGAAUCAUUUACAGAGGCGCGAACGGACAACCAGGGCGUGUCUGAUAUUGCUUUACAAGUUAUUCCGCAGAACUUUGUCGCUAGUGCGGAAGCCCUGGUGAUCCCUCCCCAAACAGCCUACAUCCAGCUGGCCAUUGAGGUCUACAAUCGGCUCCCGCCGUCAGAAUUUCCAGCGCCUCCAGCUGCUUGCAGCUCGGCCGUGGUGCUAUCGAAAUCGGAAAAUUCGGUGCAUCUGCAACUGACGCCAACGUAUGGCUCGCCUCUUGAGAAGAAUGGACCAUGCCUACAUCUCGCAUACUCUGUCAGCCAAGACAACAGGUGGCUUACUGCGGCGUGGACGGACGAGUUAGGACGGGUCGCACUUAGCAUGUCUUACUGUCUUCGCAUUCGGCCGUCAGGGAAGAGCAGGCCCAGGCAUGACAUAUUUCGAGAGAUGUGGGACGUUUCGCAAGACCUCAUGAGCAAAGUUCGUGGGCCGUGGCGGCUGGCGGUUGUAAAGCACCAAUACUAUGAUCAACCAGAGCUGCUCGACUGGCAUCAACUUUUCGAGAAUUCCCCUACGUCACAAAAACGAUGCUUGCUAGUGCUUCUCUCCGUCCAACUCGACCCAGAGUUAGAGAUCUUCCUACCGGCGAACCAGGGGAAAAGCGCCCAGACGGGAGCGCAGAACCUAUAUGGGACACCCGCCUCGACACCGCAGGGUAGUAUGACGUCCCCGGAACAAACAGUGCCAGCGACUCCAACGCCGGGUGGCAGCUCCUUUAUGAAUGCUCCCACACCAUCCGACCCCGGGUUUGAUCCAAACAAUGAGAGUGAUCUCAUAUUGCUGGAUCCUUCUGAGGAAAGUUGGGGCGUCAUCUUACCGUUCGGGAUUAAUCAGACGAGAAGCCUCAUCGACCUUCGACCUUCACAAGUCACGGGAUACCUCAUGAAACGGAGAGGAACCAAGUGGGAGGACGGACACAACCUGAUUGAGUUCAGCCUAGUCACGUCGACGAUCCACAUAUCGAACACAUCGAGCGAGACGUCGCCAGAUGAGUUGCUCGAAGAUUUGAUCAAGCAGUACCGUGGCCUUGUGACUCUCGGCGCUACUCGAGGCUGCGUAGAUCCAAACAGCGAAUGCCUCCCCUGGCACAUUGCAACGGCGAUCAGAGGUGCUCAGCUGCUGGGGCAGGCCAUGUAG